AUGGCUGGGAGCGAGAACCUUAACAAGCGCGGCAGCAACAGUAUGAGCAACUCCCCAGCCCAGAAAAAGACGCGGCACUUAUUUAACAGCGGCCUAUUGAUUGACUCUACUCCCAUUACUGUCUUCGUCGGCCAUACGGAGUCCAGGUUUAGCGUCCACGAAUGCUUGCUCACCACUGACUCAGAAUUCUUCAAAAGCGCGCUUAGUAAGGAGUGGAAAGAGAAUCUGGAACGAAUCGUCAAGCUCCCUGAGGCGAAGCCGGAAGCGUUCCACCUCUACGCCAAAUGGCUCUACAGCGGAAAGGUCUACAGCGGAAAGGUCUACAGCAGCAAAAACAACGAUACGUACGAAAAAAACAAUAUUGAGUACAAUAACGAAUGGUCCAGACUGGUUGACUGCUAUAAGCUCGGAGAUUUUCUCCUGUCACUAGAUUUCAAAGACGCUACUAUUGAUGCCAUCUCAGAGGUUUCCAUAUCGAGGGACAUACUACGUGUAGACUUUGCUAGCUACAUAUAUCCCAUAUCCACAAAGGAAUCUCUGCAUAGGACGCUAUGUCGAGACUUGACUAUACAUCUCUGGGAUCGCAAGUUCGCAAAUAUACGUGACCCUAGCCUUCCUCGCGAAUUUCUGGAAGACCUGUUGGUAGAUAUUGGUCCUCAACUCAGCAAUGGAUUAAAAGAUCAGGGCCUCCACGUAUUUGCCCACUGCCUUAAUACCUGCAACUACCACGAACACACUCGUUUCGACAAGCCCUGCUACAAGACCAAGUUCAGUUACUGA